AGGGAGAAGGAAAGGGAGCAGCUGGCCGCCCUGCGCAAGCACCACGAGGAGGAGAUCGACCACCACAAGAGAGAGAUUGAGCGGCUGCAGAAGGAGAUCGAGCGCCACAAGUACAAGAUCAAGAAGCUGAAAGACGACGACUGA